AUGCAUCCCUGUACACUAUACAUUCCUGUACAUCGUGCAUCCUUGCACCUUAGCACCCCUGCGCCCCCAGAUCCCUGCACCCAGCCCCUCCUGCUCCUCGCACCAGCAGCUCCCGGGAGCCCGACCGAACUUGCGCCCUGUCGCUUUAAGGAGCUCAUCUGCAUAUCCCCGCCCACCCCGCCCGAGGCCCCGCCCAGCAGGGUGCUGCGCCGCGAGGCCGCCUCCGCCAGGGGGCGCCGUCAGGUUGAUGCCGAUGUCACCGUUAUUGGAUCUGGCCCUGGAGGGUAUGUUGCUGCUAUCAAAGCAGCUCAGCUUGGAUUUAAGACUGUCUGUGUAGAGAAGAAUGAGACACUCGGUGGAACCUGUUUGAACGUUGGGUGUAUUCCUUCCAAGGCCUUGCUGAACAACUCACACCUGUAUCAUUUGGCCCAUGGAAAAGAUUUUGCUAGUAGAGGAAUUGAAAUUACAGGAAUACAUUUGAACCUAGAGAAGAUGAUGGAACAGAAGAGUGGUGCAGUGAAGGCCCUAACAGGUGGAAUUGCUCAUUUAUUUAAACAAAACAAGGUUGUACAUGUUUCCGGGUUUGGAAAAAUAACUGGCAAAAACCAAGUCACUGCAACCAAAGAAGAUGGCAGCACGCAAGUUAUCAAUACAAAGAACAUUCUUAUAGCUACAGGCUCCGAAGUGGCUCCAUUUCCUGGAAUUACAAUUGAUGAAGAUAAUAUUGUGUCAUCCACUGGUGCCCUAUCACUAAAAAAAGUUCCUGAAAAGAUGGUUGUUAUUGGUGCAGGAGUCAUUGGCGUGGAACUGGGUUCGGUUUGGCAGCGCCUGGGUGCGGAUGUGACGGCUGUUGAGUUCUUGGGCCACGUUGGUGGAAUGGGAAUCGACAUGGAGAUCUCUAAAAACUUCCAACGUAUUCUUCAAAAGCAGGGAUUUAAAUUUAAACUAAACACCAAAGUUACUGGUGCUACCAAGAAGCCAGAUGGAAAAAUUGAUGUAGCUGUUGAAGCUGCUGCUGGUGGCAAGGCAGAAGUUUUAACUUGUGAUGUGCUCCUAGUCUGCAUCGGUAGGCGUCCGUUCACAAAAAAUCUAGGUCUCGAAGAUAUUGGAAUUGAACUUGAUAAGAAGGGCAGAAUUCCGGUCAAUAACAGAUUCCAAACCAAAAUUCCAAACAUCUAUGCUAUUGGGGACGUAGUGGCCGGGCCCAUGUUGGCGCACAAGGCCGAGGACGAAGGCAUCCUGUGCGUCGAGGGCAUGGCUGGCGGAGCCGUUCACAUCGACUACAACUGCGUCCCCUCCGUCAUAUACACCCACCCCGAGGUGGCCUGGGUCGGCAAGUCCGAGGAGCAGCUGAAAGAGGAGGGGGUCGAAUACAAAGUUGGGAAGUUUCCCUUUGCUGCCAACAGCAGAGCGAAGACGAACGCUGACACGGACGGCUUGGUGAAGAUACUCAGUCAGAAAUCAACAGACAGGAUGCUGGGCGCUCACAUCCUGGGCGCAGGUGCUGGCGAGAUGGUUAAUGAAGCAGCUCUUGCUAUGGAGUAUGGAGCAUCGUGUGAGGAUGUAGCCAGAGUUUGCCACGCGCAUCCCACAGUGUCAGAAGCCUUCAGGGAAGCCAACCUAGCAGCAUCUUUUGGCAAAGCCAUCAACUUCUAAAAGGGAAGAGCAGCUCUCGAACGUGUACAGUAAAUGUCUGCACAUGCACUGUGGGCUUUUGUGGAAGGCUGAGUCGGAGAUUUUAGGACUGAAUUAAGUGAAUCUCUUCAUUUUAAGCAUCAAAUAUUUAACCAAAUAGGGUUUGGAAAAAGUUGAAUUAUCCAGUCUCUGUAAAUUAAAUAUUUAAAAUUACAUGUUUAUUUACUUGAUGAAUGUUGCAGAAAAAAUGCCUGAAAGAACUG